GGAAUGGCUGGGAGAAGCCGCCGAUCCUGGCUCAGUGUGUUGCUAGGGCUCAUCCUGGGCUUCAUCCUGGCGUCAAGACUGAUCCUGCCCCGCGCUUCGGAGCUGAAGAAAGCGGGUCACCGGCGCAAAGCUAGCCCGGAGGGCUGCCAUCUGCAGCAGCAGCAGCUGCAGGAUCUGCCACCGCAGCAGCAGCAGCAGCAGCCCCCAGUGCUAUCGCUCGGCGGGGCGCGCGAGGACUCCCGGGGCUCGCUGCUUUGGCCUCCGGAGCUGGCCGCUGGCGGCCACCCCGACGACCUACCCCGGGCCAAGAACUUUCUCUUCGUGGGAGUCAUGACAGCCCAGAAGUAUCUGGAGAACCGAGCCGUGGCCGCCUACAAAACAUGGUCCAAGACAAUUCCUGGGAAAGUUGAAUUCUUCUCUAGUGAGGGUUCAGACACGUCCAUACCAAUUCCUAUAGUGCCACUACAGGGUGUGGAUGACUCCUAUCCACCCCAGAAGAAGUCCUUUAUGAUGCUCAAGUACAUGCACGACCACUACUUGGACAAGUAUGAAUGGUUUAUGAGAGCUGAUGAUGAUGUUUACAUCAAAGGAGAUCGUCUGGAGAAUUUCCUAAGGAGUUUGAAUAGCAGUGAACCCCUCUUUCUUGGGCAGACAGGACUGGGCACAACAGAAGAGAUGGGAAAAUUGGCUCUUGAGCCUGGUGAGAACUUUUGCAUGGGUGGUCCUGGUGUGAUCAUGAGCCGAGAGGUGCUUCGAAGAAUGGUACCACACAUUGGAGAAUGCUUGAGAGAAAUGUAUACUACCCAUGAAGAUGUGGAGGUGGGGCGAUGUGUCCGGAGAUUUGCAGGAGUACAGUGUGUCUGGUCUUAUGAGAUGCAGCAGCUGUUUUAUGAGAACUAUGAACAGAACAAAAAGGGUUACAUCCGAGACCUGCACAACAGCAAAAUCCACCGCGCUAUAACUUUACAUCCCAACAAAAACCCUCCUUACCAGUAUAGACUUCACAGCUACAUGUUGAGUCGCAAAAUAGCUGAACUGCGUCACCGAACCAUACAACUCCACAGAGAAAUUGUUCUAAUGAGCAAGUACAGUAACACAGAGAUUCACAAAGAAGAUCUCCAGUUGGGGAUUCCACCAUCUUUUAUGAGAUUUCAGCCACGCCAGCGUGAGGAGAUUUUAGAAUGGGAGUUUCUUACUGGAAAAUACUUGUAUUCAGCUGCUGAUGGUCAGCCCCCCAGGAGAGGAAUGGACUCUUCUCAGAGAGAAGCUUUGGAAGACAUUGUUAUGCAAGUCAUGGAAAUGAUCAAUGCAAAUGCUAAGACCAGGGGGCGAAUUAUUGAUUUCAAAGAAAUACAGUAUGGUUACCGUAGAGUCAAUCCUAUGUAUGGGGCUGAAUACAUUCUCGACCUUCUACUCCUGUACAAAAAACAUAAAGGGAAAAAAAUGACUGUUCCUGUGAGAAGGCAUGCCUACUUGCAACAGACCUUCAGCAAGAUCCAGUUUAUGGAGCAUGAAGAAAUGGAUGCAAAAGAAUUGGCCAACAAAAUUAACCAGGAAUCUGGAUCCUUAUCUUUUCUCUCAAACUCCCUGAAGAUGUUUGUUCCUUUUCAACUUCCUGGAUCAAAAAAUGAAAACAAAGAACCCAAAGAUACAAAGAUAAAUAUCUUGAUUCCUUUGUCUGGGCGAUUUGACAUGUUUGUAAGAUUUAUGGGGAAUUUUGAAAAGACAUGUCUUAUUCCAAAUCAAAGUGUCAAGCUUGUUGUCCUACUUUUCAAUUCUGACUCUAACCCCGACAAAGCAAAACAAGUAGAAUUGAUGAGAGAUUAUCGAGUUAAAUAUCCUAAAGCUGAUAUGCAGAUUUUGCCAGUUUCUGGAGAAUUCUCAAGAGCUCUGGCUCUUGAAGUUGGAUCUUCUCAGUUUAAUAAUGAAUCUUUGCUGUUCUUCUGUGAUGUUGACCUGGUGUUUACUUCAGAAUUCCUACAACGAUGUCGAGCAAAUACGGUUUUGGGCCAACAAAUAUAUUUCCCAAUCAUCUUCAGCCAGUAUGAUCCAAAGAUUGUUUAUAGUGGGACAGUUCCCAGUGACAACCAUUUUGCCUUCACUCAAAAAACUGGCUUUUGGAGAAACUAUGGGUUUGGCAUUACUUGUAUUUAUAAGGGAGAUCUUGUUAAAGUAGGUGGCUUCGAUGUUUCUAUUCAAGGUUGGGGACUUGAAGAUGUGGACCUUUUCAACAAAGUGGUUCAAGCUGGUUUGAAGACUUUUAGAAGCCAAGAAGUUGGAGUAGUCCAUGUUCACCAUCCUGUCUUUUGUGAUCCUAAUCUUGAUCCCAAACAGUACAAAAUGUGCUUAGGGUCUAAAGCAUCCACAUAUGGAUCUACACAGCAGUUGGCUGAAUUAUGGCUAGAAAAAAAUGACCCAAAUUAUGGGAAAAGCAGCAAUAAUAAUGGCUCAGUGAGGACAGCCUGAUGUCCAGCUCUGCUGGAUAAGACUCUUUUUUUAAUUAUCUAAUUUAUUUUUAAAAAUUUUAAUAUGAUAGGUCAUUUUUGAAGUCCACACAAGGAUAUAUUUUAGAAGUGAUUUUCUUACAAAGAACUCCUUAGAGACUGAGCUUUUUGAACAAAAAUGUGAUCAAUAUUUGCCUUUGAACACAUCUUGUUGAACAUUAUGUAGCAAUCCUGCAUAAUUGUGACUUGAAAUAGAACUAUGAUGAACAAAAAAAAUCCUUUUUUUUUUAACCUUUUCAUUCCAGACUUCUUUGCUAUGGUUCUAUAGUAGAGAACAUGAACAUUGAUGCAAAGUAUUAUUGUAACAAAACACUGUACCUUUGGUAAAUGUUCUGUUGUGACUGUUAACAUUGCACAGAUUCUACCUUUUUUUCUUUUUCAAAAAGAUUUUUAUUUUUUAAGAAAGCCAUUACAUGUUCGAGUUUAUAAAAUAAGGAAGUAUGACAGUAGUUGUGUCAUUAUCCUCAAAAUUACUUUCAAAGGUUAUUUCACCCAAAUUAUAAUUUUGUUGUGAUCAUGUAACUUUUGGGGAAGGGGAAGUGGGAAAAGCACAAUAUGUUAUAUGGUUAUUCAUAGCAGUUUGUUUGGCAUUAAGUCCUAAAUGGAAUUAAACCAUAUUCCAAGGGGAAUUUAGUAUUUCUCCUUUCCUGGUCCUUUAGUUUAAGGCUAAAAGGCAAUAUGUAAUAUUUAGUCUGGCAAAGCAGAAUUAUUGUUGCAAAUCUAAAGUAUAUAAGUAAACUUUUAAAAAAUUCCCUCCCUAAUGAGGACAUUGGGGGAAAAAUAUACAGUGUUCUGUAUUUCUAACUGCAUUCACUUUAUCCCAUUUGUGUUAUAUUGAAGAUGAUUAUUUCAUUCUUUGAAAACUGCUUUAUUUUUCUGUAUCUGAUAUACCUUUUAAUUUAUUUAAUAACCAUGGCAUAGAUUCCUGUCCUAUUUUUGAAUGCCUGUUAGUUAUUAAUAUUUGUGUGUAUUAGGAAUUUUUUAAAAAUCACUGUUAGUGUAUGUCUUCUUUGCAGUAAACUGAUCUCCAAAGAGUUCUUUUUGAAAAGUUUUUUUUUCCUCCCACCUAUAAUUUGUAGUCUUUCCAUUUUACAAAUUAAGUGAUUUUAGACAUUUUUUGGUGCUCACACACUAAAGGAAAACAAGUCAAAUGGAUCUGUAUAUGAUUGCAUCAGAAAACUUAAAUUCGUUUUAAAAUUACAGGUUGAAUGUGCCUUAAUGAAAGGAAAUUUUUUUCAUUUAGAGUUCAGACAGUGAUAGAAUUGCCAUUUUAAUACAUCGUUUGAAACCUACCUACCUAUGUGUAAAUAGCCGGUUGCUCAGAUGGAAAAACAAACUAGUGAACGAUAUUUUUUUAUUUUAUUUUUUAGCACCAUUUAGUCUCGUUAUUUCCUAGUUUAAAUGAAGAAUGUUAUUACCUUUGGAGAGGAGGAGGAGGAGGGAUAUCAUACUUAUUUUAAAGACUGACCAAUGACUAAGUGGUUCUUUGAGAGGUAUUUUUUGUGUGAAACUAAUUUAUAAGUACUUAUCCAUGCUUUUAUCAUGGAAUGGAUUCUUUCUUCGUCUCCUCCCCAUACUAUCUAGUUAACUCUGUGUUCUUGAGAGUUUUAGGAUAGAGCUGUAGGAGAAAUUACAUAUUGUUGGCAUAUAUAAUCCAAUAAUAAAAUAACAUACACAGUGAGACCUUUGGUGCCAGGGCUCAGUAAACUUUUGUGGUAGAGUAUUAAACUCCCAGAAUAGGUAUUUAUAGCAUAAUUACUGUCAAGUCCCAAGAUAAUGAUAUUGUACUUUCAAUAGGAAUUGCUAUAAUUCAAUAUAAUUGACAGUCUUUUUUAUGGCAAAUUUUAGCCUUUCCAAGGGAAAGAACAGAUUUUAAAAGCCCUUAACAAAUAAAAAGAACUACUUAUUGUUAUUCAUUCUGACAAAGUAGUUUAAUUCUUCCCUUUCAUUCUUCUUCAUAAUAAAUUAUAGAACUUCAAGGAAAUUAGAGGUUUUUUGGCAGGGUAGUUAUAUUUUUAAAUUGAUUAAUAAUUUGUGAUACUGAAGUUUGCCAAUCUAGGUAAGGAUUGAGUCACAUUCACUUUGAUAACUUGUGUCUGAGGUUGCUAAAAACUUAGUCUUCCAUAAGUGAAAAUUACAAGAUAAAAUCAUUCUCAUAUGAACUCAGUUAAUGUGUACUUCUCUUACACACAUACAUGGUUCUAAAGGUGGAACUUUAACAUUGAUUGCAGAUUCGGUUAAUUUGGGGAAGAUAUACUGGAGUCUUGUUCCCUGUGAUGUCUAGAAAUUAUUUCCUCCUGGAGUGGUAUCAAACUCAAAUUGAGGGGCAGCUAAAUGGUGCAGUGGAUAGAGUACCGGCCCUGGAUUUAGGACUACCUGAGUUCAAAUCCGACCUCAGACACUUAGCACUUACUAGCUAUGUGACCCUGAGCAAGUCACUUAACCCCAAUUGCCUAACAAAAAAAACAACAACAACAAAAAGAAAAAACAAACUCAAAUUGAAACAGGGCCACUAAUCCCUCUGCAGGCUACAUAUUGGCUCACAAAGCCAUAUAAUAACAUUACCUAUAUUCUAUUGACUUUUUAUUUAUUUUAUUAAAUAUUUCCCGAUUACAUUUUAAUCUGGUUCAGCAGCUAGGGGUGGUGGUGUGUUUGACACUUCUGAUCCAAAACAUAAAUUAUUUCAGGGCAUUAAGGUACUAUUUAGGGAAUUGCUGUUGUUAUCAGAUGUUAUCCUCAACAAAUACAACAAUUAGUGCUUUCUAAUUUCACUGCCUCUAAAGAUAGAUAAAAAUCCUUACAGAGGCCUUUCACCAGCACCUGAGGCUUUUUAAAACUAUAACAGUGGUGAAUCUCAGGCAAUGUGGUUUUUCUCUUUCAAAUCUGGACCACAGUUCACCAUCAUCUGUGCCACAGGGUAGCAUAGGAGACCCUUACCUAUUACAUUAGCCCUAAACCACUCCUCAAGUAGCUACUAUAAUGAGCUCCAUGUCAUCUUCAACUCUGCAGAACGGAUUACAGAAAUGAACUAGGAAAGCUUUUCUGAGCUUCAGGUAGCAAGCUGUGUUCUGUCAUUUCCCCUUGUAUCCUGACCAAUCCCUGUUAAAUAAUCCUUUUAGAGAAGGUUAAGCAGUGAUUUCUUUGAAGUUGUUUACAUGGUAUUCUGUCUGGAAUUGGGCAUGGAAUGAAUUUCCCAGGUGGCCAAUUGCAAUGUCCAAUACUGUAUUGGGAGUAAGGAGAUUAUGACCUUAAGCCAGUCCCUUUACCUCUGUUCUUUUCAGUUUCCUGAUCUGUUAAAUGAGAGGAUCAGAUUUGAUAACUGAUCUUUCCAACUGUUAGGUUCCUGUGUUACUAUGGAUAUGUGGUAGGCCGUGUACUACUGCCAUUUUUGCAGAAUAGAAGAUGGAAUCAUUGACUUUGUAGUCAGUAAAUUCUAGGCAGACAUUAGUAGUCUAUUAUUUCCUGUGGAAGUGAUCUUUUUUCAAGUAAGUGAGUCUUUUCUCUUUUGCAGAGGGCCAAGAUCAACACGUAAGCUCAAAUCAAGACUUAGUCACCCUAAAUCUUACAUGUCUGAAUAUCAUUGAAAAUGUCUGGUUAUCCUCCCAUCUAACUAUGAAAGCAGACAGUGGACCUGUGGAAAAUAUGUCCCUUUACCUUAGUGUUUUAGAGAACGGUAACUGAUAAAAACAAUGUCCAGGAGAAAAGAGAAUGAAACAUACCUCUCUCCAGACCUGUGCCUUAGGAAACAUCUAUGUAGAUGGCUUAUAAGGUGUCAUGGGUGUUAGGGAGUCCAGAGAUGGGAAAAGGAGAGAAGAAGAAAAUUGCUAAAUGUGCCUUGUGGCAGUAUAAAAUUUAAAACCAAGAAAAAGUUUUAGAUUGAAAUAAUAUAAAUCUUUUCUUUCCCUGGAUUAAUCAAAUGUCUCAUUUAUCAGCCAAACUGACAAUUUUUUUUCAAAUAUGUAAGCAAAGACUAUCUUAAGCCUUCUGCCUGCCCAGCUUUCUUACCACAUCUCAACCAAACCUUCCAAUGCACAUGGCCAAAACAGGGCAGUAAGGCACAAAAAUGGCAAUUUCUCUCUUUCUGAAUAGAAGAUAAGGAAGUAGGGAUAUUUCUAUUUUUUUGUCAUAAGUAAAAUGUUUCUUGAAUUCUAUACCCCUAGUUUUAUUGUGGUAGUUUUCUGACCUCCCUUUCCUUUUUUUUCCCUUCAUACAUUCACAUAUAUGAUGUGUGACGCACAUCAUUUUCCCCCUUUUAAUUCUGCAUUCUUGAUGAAAUGAUACAGAGAUGUUGGUCUUUUUCCUCUAUGCAGCCAACCCCUUUUCAUUCCCUUGAAUAAGAUGUGUGUGUGUAUGUGUGUCAGUAAAGCAAAUGGGUUUUAAGAGUCUUUCACCUUCCCAUCAGAAAAACCAUUUCUGCUAAGCAUGUUUUUGAGAACUGAACUGAUGUUCCCAAGCUUAUCCCUGAAGUUUGAAUCCCAUCCCUUAUGAAACAAGGAUUCCAGCCACAAGGGACAUUGGAGGACCAAAGCCCUGAAUCUUACUGGUACUGCCUUUUCACAAGGCUCAUGGCUAGUGGCUAGGUGUCUUGAUAUUGAGAGUUUACACAGAUUCAGAACUAAUAACAAGAUGCCCUUUUACAUUUUUUUUUUGGCCUAACUGGAAAUGUAAUUAAUGCAUCCUCUUAACUUCAUUAAAUAUAGUCCUGGGGAGUUAAACUAUAUUACUGUUACAAACUGAUAACUGACAUCAUAGAUUGGUGAAGUAGGUUAUGUGCUAAAAUUCUGGGUCAUACUAAAAUGUUGCUUUAUGUGAUGACACAAAGUAGAUUGUAUUUUCUUUACUCCAAGAAAUUACCUGCAUUACUUCCCUCAGUUUUUGGUGCCCACAGGAAAAAAGCUUCCUUUUUUGCUGGAGUUAAAAAUGUUGCUUAAACAAAAUCUACUUAGUCUGAAAUAUUUUUUUAUUGACGUAACCUCACAUUGCUAUGUAGUAAAUUAGAUUAAAUCAAUUAAAUCAUUUUGCAUGACUAGCAGUAGAAAAGUGCUUCACUGUGUGGCCACUCUGUUAAUGGCUUGACAAUUUUUUGAAAGGAUUGUUUGAUAUUUG